AUCCCCUUCCUGUGCGUCACUUCCUCUCCGCCACCGAGAAGGCUAAGAUGGCGGCAGGCGAGGAGGGCGGAGCAGCCAAUAGGGUGGCCGGGGAGGGCCCGGGGGCGGGGCCGAGGCGCUAGCAGGGAUGGUCGGCGCGCACGCGGCAGCGGCGCUGGGGCUAAACUGAAGCACUUCUUGCUUGCUGAUAAUGAAUAACUCGGAGCUGCUGUGAACGCGUGAAUAAAAACACUGUACUUGCACUCUGGUAUUUCAAUGGGAGUUUCAACUGAAAAUAUUUCACUGAGAACAAAGAGUGAGAUGGGGGCGGAUAGCUCGCUGGAAAAACAAACUUUUCAGAUAUGCUGCUAAAUGAGAACUUCCUGAAAAAUCAGAAGUAAAUAGUUCUACAAAGCCUUCUCAUGGGAUAUCAACUGGAUUUUAAUUGUGGAAAAAACACAGUGGUGCAUUAAAACCUCAUCAUUCCUUUGGUGGAUUAAAGCAACUAGUUCAAAAGAUUAACUUAAAAAGAGAGAACAGUGCAAGAUUUCAUCUACUGCUGUUCAAAUCCCUUGCUAUUUUUGGUAUUUGACCUCUGCGGAGAAGAUUGCCAAAUCUGCAGGUUGUUUUCAUUUUUAUUAUGUGUUUCUACCCUCCUACUCACAAGUUACUCUUAUGUACUGAUUUAAUCUUUGAGACAAAGUCUCGUUUCUCCUACAUUUUUCACUGUAUUUUUCAGAGGGGUAAUCUUAUGUUUCUAUACAUUGUUGAGCUAAGAGUCCCCUUUGGAAAUGAGAUGCUGCAGGAUUGCAUACUUCUAGUGUACAAAACUAAAAGGAGAAAGAAAAUAGUUUAUGAAUCACUGGGUUAUUUUGUGAAAGAAUUUCUGAAUUAAAGACCUGUGAGACUGCUGGCUUGAGUUGAGAAGCUGAUGUUCAGAAUAAUGCACAAAGAACACAGCAGUAGAUGCUUAGACAAUAUUAAAUAUUUAGUUUGUGCUGAUAGGUGCUUACCUAGAUCGCUUCUGUAUUGUUGGGAAGGCCUGGUUUGGGCACCUGUGACUGUUUGCUUGUAGUUUUGCUGUAUGUUUUCAGACUCCAUUAGUGAGAAAUAUGUAGCCAAAGCAUCUGAAAAUCCUGUCCCUCUUAUGCGGCAUCCCUUCUGCUUCAUGCCUUCUGCCCUAAAAAGCAAGUUUAUUUCUCUGUUAAAGGAGCUUUAUAGGAUGCCGUGGAGGUCAAAAUGUUUUAGGUUAUUUCAGAGUACUGUAUUUACUUUGAGUUCACAAGAUAUAAUGAGUUUUGAAUGUCCUUCAAGAAGCUCUUUGUUUCUGGUAGUCAUGAUAUCAGAGAGACAUGUCAGGGUUGCAUGUGACUAUGAAGUGAAUUCAUAGAAAAAGUUGCAUGGAUGUCAUUUCAGAGGACUAGAUUCAGUAACACGGAAGGUUCAGGUUUAAUUUAUAAAAGAUGGUUUUUGCCUUGUUCAAUGGGUGCAGAUGCAUAUGUGGAUGCGAGAUGCAUGCUUUUCCUAGCACAUUGACAUCAUCUGGAUUUUUGUCUGUGUUGAGGCUGUACUCAUGGAUUCAGACCCUGCGCCACUGUGAGCUGAAAUAAAUGAAGAACCUCAAUUCAUGUAUCAAAGCAUCCUAGCUAGAGUUGUUUAUCUUGCCUAACUACUUCACGUCCUCAGUGAAGGAGAUAGCACCGGCCAAAAACUCUUCUUUCCCCAAGAUAUCUGUGGGAUUUCUUCUGAGAUUGGAAUAGUUCAAGAGCAAGCUGUCAUCCCGCUGUCCCCUCUCAAGUCUAUCAAGCAGUUUAUCAAAAUGGCAUGAACAGUUUUCCUCACUGAUUGUUGCAACGGGCUGCUGCGCUACAUCCACAUUGCUUCAGCUUUCAAAGAUACUGACUUUACCAAAGGAUUCUUGGGGACCUUCACAAAGUCGAUAGCUGUGGUGGCUAAGUUAAGGAGUGCUACGUUGGAAAGUGCUUCCCUUCUGCAGUGCAGAGCACCAUGUGCUUUGUAAGUGGCAGCAAUCCAACGCUUAGUUAUCUUCUAUUGUGUUUGGAAGACCAUUGUUUCCUAUUUGUCUCAUAAAUUUAACACAGAUCCUAUUCCUGCCAUUUAAACUUUCCCAUCAAAAUACAACAGUGACUUCCCCUCCUGAAAAGGAAGGGCUGGCAGCUACACCCUGAAGUUUGAGCAUGGAUUGUUUAUAUAACCUUCAAUCAGAGAUUCAUAAUAGUUUGAAGACUUUUUCGCUAGAGCAAACAUUGUACUGAGGUUUUAGCAAGACCUGGCUGCCAUGAAAUGCAGUGUUAAGGCUUUUUCGUUGUUGCGGUGGAAAUAGAAUUGAAGACUGUACCCUUCAGCUUCCUGGUGAUAUAAAUUACACAUCGAGCUGGAAAACAUGAACAGCUCUUUCUGGUAUUUCAAAUAGCUGUAACUACGUCAUUUGGGGGUAAAAGCUUAGGAACUAUCUUGGGCUAAUGUUAUUUUUCCAGAAAAUAUUAUUAAAUCUGAAUGAAGCAUGUUUUUGCAGGCUCUGGCUUUUUGCAACUUCUACAUAUUUGUAGAGUAGCCUUCCUUUCCCCCACCCCCAAAGUAGUAAAAACUGUGCCGUAAAAGACGAGUGUUGUAGAAAGUGCUCAUUGAAUAAAUUCUCUGUCAAAGUCAGUAAUAUUUUAAUAACUGCAGCUUGCUUUUCCAAAUGGAUGACAUUUGUCAGGAAUGUGUCUGCUUAAGUUUACGUGGCCUUUUGAGUACAAAAAAGUCUGAUUAUUCUGAGCUUCAAAUUCAGGUCAGUCUGCAAAACUGCCUUUUCCUUACAGAAACUUACAGAGAGAACCCAAUUUUUUGGUAAUCGUAGCAGUGCAGGGUAGCUGAUCUAUAAAGCUGCUUUCUCCACAUUCAAGUAUAUGUUUGGAGACACCGUUUUAAUGAAAGUUUCUGUUGUAAUUGGCAGACCUGAUUAGGCAAAAGCUGUAUUUUUAAUAAUACAUAUUUUAGAUCUUUUUUUUCUUAAAAUGAUUCAUUUGCAUGAAAGUUUAAUGCUUUUGUAAUGUUUUUCUUUGAAAUUGUUCUAUCGCUUGACUUUGUGUUACGGUCUUUUAGGUACUUAGUCUGAUGCAAAUACUGUGGUGCACACAGCUACACUGUGAUUUUUUUCAAAAAUUAAGUUCAACAAACCCAGGAAAAAUUGGGCCUUGCUCUUGUGUGCAGCCUCCUGAGCAGUGUUCAAAACCAGUCCGCUUCGAUACAGUACUUCUACUAAAAGCUUGUUCCAUCUGAGGAUGUAUCCAGAAAAGCACGUAAGGAGUCAGCUGCGCAGAUUUCUGACAAUUUAAGGUACAACAUUCAUGAUGACUGCAGUGGAGAAGAUUGAGGAGCAGUUUAGCAGUCUGCGCAUUGCAAAACGUUCUGUGCUAAGUGAAGAACCUGCUUACUUAUUGGAUAUAGACGUUUCAAAAUCUGCUCAGUCUGGAAGCAGUCGCUUUGUGGCAGUUUCAUGUUCCAAUAAGUCAAUUAGGAUAUAUAACAGGGAAACGUUAAACUUCCUGCGGGAGUACAGUAGCUGUCCUGGGAUACUUAAUGGAGUCAGAUUUGCGCACGCAUGUGACGGUGUGGUGUUUUCAGCAUGCAGCGAUGGUACAAUAAAAUGUUGGGAUAUUCGUUUAGCAACACAGAAAGCUGUGCAGACAUUCAGUGGCUAUCCUUCAAAUGUUUUCAUCAGUUUUGAUAUUAAUUGCAGUGAUCUCAUAAUUUGUGCUGGAACAGAAAAAGUGGAAAAGGAUGCAUUUCUGGUGUUUUGGGAUGCAAGAGGUGAUACAAACUGUGCCAGCACAAGUAAGGAACCCUUGGGAGUCUAUUCUGAAAGUCACAACGAUGAUAUCACUAGAAUUUGUUUCCAUCCUAUCAAACCCAGUUUGGUAGUUUCUGGGUCAACUGAUGGGUUGGUUAACGUGUUUGACAUUAACAAGGACAACGAGGAUGAUGCUUUGAUAUCAACUUGCAAUUCAGAUUCAUCAGUAAGUUUUAUCGGCUGGUCUGGGAGAGAUUAUAAACAGGUCUAUUGCAUGACGCAUGAUGAGGGGUUUUGUUGGUGGGACCUUGCUCAGUUAGAUACUGAAGAACCCAUAACGUUAUUGCACGUCCUGGAUGUCCGAGAAGCCGUCUGCAUUGAAAACGGCAGCUUAAAUUACCUGGUGGGUGGCUGGUACCACGAAAAAGCGGACAAACUGCUUCUUAUUGGAGGAACGUCAACAGGAAACAUUCACCUAAUGAACUGCGGCCUUGAUGGGCUGAGCCUUGUGGGUACCCUUCACGGAGGACAUGCUGCUGCCGUUCGCUCUUUCUGCUGGGAUGUGACGGAUGAGUCGCUGUUGACUGGUGGAGAGGAUGCACAACUGUUGCUGUGGAAACCGGGAGCUGCGGAAAGGUCCCUUGCAAAGAAAGCAUCUCUGAAAAUUGCUUCUUCUGUUCAGAAGAGAGUGAGAGUUCACAGCACCUCCCUCAAAAGCAAGAAAAAGUAAAAUUCUGAGAAUGGAGCGCUCUGCUAUGUAGAGCUUUUCUGUUUGUGUAAUCUUCCAGGCAGGAUCUGACUGUUGCUUUAUUUGGAGGUAUUCUGCAGAGAGAACUAGGAUACUUAAAAAUUCUACCUAGGAAUGUACUUCAGUCAUCAGAUGAAUACUUAUAUAUAUGAAAAGAAGUUGAUGACAUUAAUCUGAAAAGAGUAAAUGUUUGCUCUUGAACAAUACAUCUUAAAUCACUUUAUAUAAAAAUGUUUUUAUGGUUGUUUGUCUCAGCCAACGUUUUUAAUAUGUAAUAUAGGCAUGUGGCUUGCGUAGUUUGUUACUUUCCCACUGAAAUUCCCUGGCAUGUUUUAAAAGCUCCUGUGUUUCAAGCUGUAUUUCUCUUGCUUUACAGAGAACUUAAUGAAAUUGCUGAAUAUAUUAAAAGAUUUUCUGUCAUUUCUUAA